AUGAAGCGGACGCUUCUGCUACUUUCGUUAUCAGCUCUUCUCUCCACCUGCCUGUCCGCACCAUCAGCCACAAACGCACCCCUAGUCGUCUAUCCGAUUCGAAGUCAGCGACUUCCAGUAGCACGUGUUGGCCGUUCGUUCUCCUGGUCUUUACUUCCCGGCACCUUUAACACAUCGACUGGCACCAAUGGAAUGACAUUCAAGGUUGAAAAUCUUCCAUCGUGGGCCACAUUUGUACCAGAAACGCAAACUUUCAGCGGUACACCAACCGGUUCCGACUUGGGCAUUUCCUCUGUCACCGUCAGGGCGUACAACUCGGCGAACUCAGGCUCAGUAUCCGACACCCUCCGACUCCUCGUAGCCAACGGACAGGCACCCACCGUCAAACUACCUCUUCAAAGUCAACUGGGAAACGGUGCCGUCCUAGGAUCAGCCAAGUAUGAUCAUUCCACGGAAGGCAUCAGCGUUCCGCCUAGUUGGUCUUGGUCUGUCGGGUUACUCCGGGAUACUUUUGUUGCCGACCGCAAGACCGGAAUUUAUUAUACAGCCUAUGAAGCAGGUACAACAAGUCUACCAAGCUGGAUCAAAUUCAAUGCCGCUACCGCUACUUUUGACGGCGUCAGUCCCAAUGAACAGAAGGACACCUUAAUUGUCGUUUAUGGUAGUGACUACUUUGGCUAUGGCGAUGUUCAGCAAACCUUCAGAAUCACGGUCUCUGCGCACCUCUUGGAUCUGCUUGCACCACUUCCUCCUCUCAAUGCGACUGCACAAAGCAUUGUCAAUUACACAAUUCCCUUUGAUGCCUUCACAAUUGAUGGCGCCUCGAAGAACUCCUCAACAAUUAUCAGCGCCAAAGUAGAUUUGUCUCAAACACCAUUCCUCACAUACGACCCAACUCACUUUUCGAUCAGUGGAACCUUACCCACAUCUCUUGCUCCAUUUGCCAACGUCUCGAUUCCCAUCACCUUUUCUACCCCAAAUUGCCACAACAUCGUAUCAACCACGCUCUCCUUACGCGUGGUCCCUGGACUCUUCACCGCACCAGUUUUACCCCCACUAUAUAUUCAUCCGGGAGAGAACUUCAUCCUCAACUUGUCCCAGUACACUUCAAAUCUCAACGCGACUUAUUCCCUCGGAAGCAUCACACCGUCGAGCGUUAGUUCGUGGCUCCAAUUCACCGACCAUCCGUUGACAAUCUCUGGUAAAGCCCCUACGACCUUAGACAGCAAGGACCAGAAAAUUGAUAUCGACUUAGAGGCCUCUGGAUUAAAUGGGUUGAGGUCAACUGCUCACUUGCCUGUUAUUUUUGCUACGGAAUCAAGCAAGGAUGGUAGCUACUACAUGAGGUCGGGCCUUCCGGCUGGUGUGAAGUUGUGGUUGAUAAUCAUCUUUGGUACUCUCGGGGGUAUCAUCUUGCUGAUCUUAAUCAUGAGAACAUGUCGAACUCACUGCUCCGCGGACGGUAAACGAGAAAGCUUUCAAGAUGUGUACCACCCAUACUACACCUACGCCAACGCCAAAGAUGGAGAGAAAUCUAUUGAAAGUCCGAUCAAAGGCACCCCGUAUAGCGUAGGUGAUACCUUAAUCGACCCUCGCUCUCCCGCCUGGAACUCAAAAGCUGGUAUUGGGGGGCCCAUGAUGGCGAUCACUCAGACCGAGAUGACAAUUGCAGGAAGCGAACCCGCCCCACAGUCAGGUCUCAAGCGCCUUGACGUGUUUAAUGUUUUCACAAAGCCCUCCGCCAACCGAAAUUUCUCCCCCACCCAACCGCCUUCUCUUCAAGGAUUAGGAAUCGUUGAAUCGAACUACCGAGUUGUUCAUGUUGGUACCGACUCUCAAGCGAAACCUACCGAUGAGGCAGAGCAGGAGUGGCGCUCUGGCUCUGAAGAUUCCGGCAGUCGAGUAGCGGACUCGGGUGUCAGUCCAGCUUCUUCAUCUGAAGGUCAAAGAUCAAGCUGGAAUACUACUGGUAGCUCUAGCCUUUUUUACUCUGAUACUCAAGGCGAUGGAAGCGAUCUCGGCUCCUCCUCCCGAAGCGGUAGGUGGCUAGAAACUCCUUCGGGAUCCACCCCUAGAAGACGCAAGGAUUUCGUACCCAGUCCCAGACUAGCGAAUCAAGACUUUUCCUCACCUUCUGCAUCAUCUGCCGAAGACGUGGAUGUAGGUACGAUUCGGAUGGUUGUGAAUGAUGGCACAAGCUCCAGCCCAGCCCGCUCGAUGACUGAUGAAGACGUCAAAGCAUGCUCUGAGUCGAUUGGGGCCAUCAAAACAGCUAGUUAUCGUAGGAUCACCGCUGAUUAUUCAUCCGCCUCCGGUGUAGGGUCCAGUGAACCCAGCUCUGGUGCACAUCGCCCAAAGCUCAUCCCUUUCCAGGGCAGACAAAUUCUAGUGGAUGAAGACUCGCUUGCCCCGUCUGCGUCCGCCGCCAAUCCCAGUGGCUCAGACUCCCACCUUCGACGUCAAAGACUCAGCAUGCAAUCGGAUCAAUAUCGGUUUGAACCCAGCGCAUCCAAGCCUGGAUCUCCCGCCACAUCUGCUAUAUUUUUUGCUCCUUCAGAUCAAAACAGAUUCCAAACCUCCAAGCCGUCCCCAUUGUCCAAAAAUUAUAUCAAUGGUGUAACCAGCUCGGUUCGCUCCCACAGUCCGUUGUAUGAAUCACAUACGGCGGAAAGUUUUAAUGCAAGCUCAAACGCCCUUCAAGCUCUUUCGAAUCCUACUCCUGUAGGGGAAUCAGCGUCGUUUAGUAUUGGAGUUGGUGAACCAUUCCAUAUGACACCCAGUGUGAAGCCUCAAACGAACAUCGGAGCUGAUGGCGUGGAGCAUAGCCUGGCCUUAGGUGAUGUUCAAACCUACUACGCGCUGACGGACUACCCUACUCAGCCAGAGUUGGAUCGCAAACAACUCCCAGAUUGGCUCCACUUUGAUGCAAGCGAAUGUGAAAUUUGGGGCAUUCCUCGAAAGAUCGAUGCCGGCCCGAUUUCCAUUCAGAUCAUCGAGAGCAAGCCGUUCUCCCGUUCCCACAAAGCAUCCUCAGACCCUUCCAGUUCUGUCGAUUCCCCUACGCUUGGACGUCAAAGAGAAAUCGAAGAAGUCGUAGCUCGAUUCACUUUGGAUGUUGUCGAUAAGAGCUCCUUCCAAGGUUCGGCCCAAGGCAAUGUAACCACCGUUACUUUUUAA